AUGAAUAACUCUACAGUGAACUUCACCACAUCUGAAACUUCUGCAAACACCACAACUCAUUACACUGGAGUAAUAGAUGAUCUGAACAUUUUUAUGUACUGCAUCGGUUUCAUAUUUGGUUUUCCGAUACACUCCUAUGUUUUAUGGCUGAUCGUCACAGGAUCAAGUGGAGUUGCUGGAUCAUUCUUCAACAUCAAUCUCGCCGUUUGUGAGAUUGGGAUCAGUUUGAAUUGCUUAGUUAAUGCAAUAUCAUCUUCCUUUUUCAGUUUCUCAACCUUAAAAACAUUUUCUGAAGGAGUUACGUUCACUGGUCGUCCUCUGUUUCAGUGUCUGAUAUGUGUUGAGCGUUACCUGGCAGUGGUUCAUCCUGUAACCUUUCUGAAGUACAAACCUCUCAGAUAUAGAGUGAUCUGCUGUGCUCCAGCCUGGAUAAUCACUCUUGGCUCUUGCUUGUUCUGCAUGUUCACUUUACAUGAAGAGCGCAGGUAUUUAUUUACAUGGUUCUUCUCAACCCAGUUCCUCCUCUUCCUCUGCAUCCAGUUGUUUUGUCUUGUGGCUGUUCUCAGAGUUCUGAAGCAGUCAGGACCAGGAGAGAGAAUGAGGGAGAAAGAGGAAAACCACAUGAAGAGAAGAGCAUUUCAUCUCAUUCUAAUAACCACAGUGUACCAUCUGGAGCCGGACCAAAUGGCAGUGUUUGGUAUUGAUAUACAUUGCACAGAGAUUGAAAUUGAUUGA